AUGCAAGGCCCUGCCGGGAACGCGAGCCUUGGACUGCCGGGCGGGCCGCCCUCCACCGUCGCGUCCGGGGCGGGCCGCUGUGAGAGCGGCGCGCUCAUGCACAGUUUCGGCAUUUUCCUGCAGGGGCUGCUUGGCGUCGUGGCCUUCAGCACGUUGAUGCUCAAACGCUUCAGAGAACCAAAGCAUGAAAGACGUCCAUGGAGGAUAUGGUUUCUAGACACUUCCAAGCAAGCCAUAGGAAUGCUGUUCAUCCACUUUGCCAACGUGUACCUGGCAGAUCUCACCGAAGAGGACCCUUGUUCACUGUACCUCAUCAACUUCCUCCUGGAUGCCACCGUGGGCAUGCUGCUCAUCUACGUGGGCGUGCGUGCCGUCAGCGUGCUGGUGGAGUGGCAGCAGUGGGAGUCCCUGCGUUUUGGCGAAUAUGGAGACCCUCUGCAGUGCGGAGCCUGGGUCGGACAGUGCGCUCUUUACAUCGUGAUCAUGGUUUUUGAAAAAUCUGUUGUCUUCAUCAUCCUCCUAAUACUUCAGUGGAAGAAGGUGUCCCUGCUGAAUCCCAUCGAGAACCCAGACCUGAAACUGGCCAUCGUCAUGCUGAUCGUCCCCUUCUUUGUCAAUGCUUUGAUGUUUUGGGUAGUGGACAAUUUCCUUAUGAGAAAGGGGAGGACGAAAGCUAAACUGGAAGAAAGGGGAGCCAACCAGGACUCGAGGAAUGGGAGCAAGGUCCGCUACCGCAGGGCCGCGUCCCACGAGGAGUCAGAGUCUGAGAUCCUGAUCUCAGCCGACAACGAGAUGGAGGAGUCCGACAGGGAGGAGGACCUCCACAGACUGACCCCCCUGAAGCCUGCGAAGAAAAAGAAGCAUCGCUUCGGGCUGCCCGUAUGACACAUUCCUGUGCCGGGGUCAGGUUUGGGGGCCCAGCCUGCCGCCGGGCUGCAGACGUGGCUCUGCAGUGUCAUUCCUCCCCCCACCCCUUUCUACCUCCAUCCUGUCGCUGUCUCUGCCCACUCCCAGACUGACUGAGAGGGAGGAGGAGCCAGCGCCCGGGGGCCGUGGCAGUUGGAGGUCCCCACUCAGUUGCACUACAAACACUGACCAAAUAUGCAAG